AUGGACGCCGUGCUGCUAGAGCACUUCCCCGGGGGCCUGGAUGCCUUCCCGUCACCGUACUUUGACGAGGAGGACUUCUUCACCGACCAGUCUUCGAGGGACCCUCUAGAGGACGGCGAUGAGCUGCUGGCGGACGAGCGGGCCGAGGUGGAGUUCCUCAGCCACCAGCUGCACGAGUACUGCUACCGCGACGGGGCGUGCCUGCUGCUGCAGCCCGCGCCCUCCGCUGCCCCGCACGCGCUCCCAGGCCCGAAGGUCAUCAUCUGCCAUCGGGGCACCCGUAAGUGCGUCUGCAUGUCCGCUCAGGGAGACGGGGACAGGCGCGGGGAGGUCCCCGAAGGGCUGGGUGAACAGACCGACAAAGCCGCCCGACGGACAGACAGAGAUGGGUCCCCCUCCCCCAGCGACCCGGAUUAUGGCCUCCCUCCCCUUGCAGGACACUCUCUCUCAUGGACUGAUGAAAAACAACUCAAAGAACAGAAUAUUAUCCGAACAGCCAAAGUGUGGACCCCAGAAGACCCCAGAAAACUCAACGGCAAAUCUUCCUUCAACAACAUAGAAAACGAACUGCCCUUUGAGUUUGUGUCCUGA